AUGAGCCAUUCUACCAAGCCCGUCGGAGCCGUUCUGCUGGCCCCUUCCCCUGCUGGCACCAAGUAUGACUUCAUGUACUACUUGAAGGGAGCUGCCGCCGGUGGUAUCUGUUGUUCCAUCACCCAUGGAGCCCUUACUCCCGUCGAUGUCGUCAAGACCCGUGUUCAGCUUGACUCCGCCAAGUACAAUAAAGGUUUGGUUGGAGGAUUCCGUACCAUCAUUGCCGAGGAAGGAGCCAUGGCUUUGACGACUGGUUUGGGAGCCACUGCUGCUGGAUACUUUAUUCAGGGAUGGUUCAAGUUUGGCGGAGUGGAAUUUUUCAAGAUUAACGCUGCCACACGAAUGGGACCUGAAAAGGCCUGGGAGAACAAAACAUCUAUUUAUUUGGCAUCUGCCGCCUGUGCAGAGUUCAUUGCUGAUUUGUUCUUGUGUCCUUUGGAAGCUGUGCGUAUCCGUUCCGUCUCUGAUCCCGAGUUUUGCGACGGUUUGGCCGAUGGUUUCUCAAAAAUGGCCAAGGCCGAAGGUAUCGGCGGUUUCUACGCUGGUCUUCUCCCCAUUUUGGCCAAGCAAAUUCCAUACACUUGCGCCAAGUUUGUGGUGCAAGGAUCUGCUGCUGAUUCCAUCUAUGCUUCCAUGGGAAAGAAGCCCUCAGAGUGCGGAAGUGGAACCAACCUUUCUAUUUCUCUCUUGAGUGGUGUCAUUGCUGGAGUGGCAUCUGCCAUCAUUUCUCACCCUGCCGAUACACUCUUGUCCAAGGUCAACAAGGCUGGUGCUGGUGGUGAUGGACCAAUGAUGACCCGUCUCGCAAACAUUGCCAAAGAAAUUGGCUUCUACAAGCUCUGUACGGUCGGAUUGGCCCCUCGUUGUGUGAUGAUUGGUACUCUCACUGCCGGACAAUUCGGUAUCUUCGACACUGUCAUGGGUGCCUUGGGAGCUUCCAAAUUCCACUUUGUAAACCCCAACGAAGCGUAG